CAUCUUUCAGUUGAAGAAAAAUUCCACCAUAUCUUUCUAGGCAUGGCGGACUCAAAGCAAGCUGUAACUCCUCUUGCAACUCUAAAAGUUCAAAUCUUUUCCAAUCAAUCCUCCUUGUUGACUCGUGCCAAAGCGCGCAUGACGAGAUCCAAGUUGGUCUCCCCCUUGAGGCAAUUCACUAGAAGAUGUCGUAAGGAGGCUGCAAUGAAAAAAAGAGCGUUAGCCAUCCAGUCACCUUUCCAGCCUAUGAAGGAUGUCGAGUACUUCUCUUUAGAAUCUAGUGAAGGUGAAGAACUCAGUCUCAAGCCCAGUCAUGUGUCUACUUCGAAGUUAAGGUGGGCUGACUAUCCUUCAUCAUCGUCUGAGUCCCUCUUACCUGCCUUGGUUACUGAAGCGACAUCUGGUGACUCGGAUGCUCUCCUCAAGGCUGUGGAAGGCUUAAGGAAAGCUGUGGCUGAAAAGGAUGCCCAAAUCAAGGAACUCCAAGAACUUUUAGCGGCUCAACACUUAUCAAAACAGAAUAACCAAGCAGCAUCAAGCUCAAUCGCUGAAAAAGCCCUCGAAAACAAGGAAGACUCAUUAAGGACUUCAGAUCGGGGUGCUUUCCGUGACACUGCUCAUGCUACUGUGGCAUCUCUUACAUUUCCACAACUUAAACUUUUAGUUGAUGAUGUGAUUCGAGCUCGACAAGGAGGGACCUCACAAUCCUCACUUGUGUAUGCCAAACCCUAUACUCGUAAGAUUGAUAAUCUAAGCCUACCAGACGGCUACCAGCCACCAAAAUUCCAAAAGUUCAAUGGGAAGGGCAACCCAAGGCAACACGUCGCCCAUUUUGUUGAAACAUGCAACAAUGCUGGCACUUAUGGAGACCUCAUGGUGAAACAGUUUAUCCGGUCCUUGGAGGACGCAGCCUUUGAAUGGUACACUGACCUUCCUGCUGGGUCAGUGGAUAGUUGGGACCAAUUAGAGCGAGAAUUCUUGACACGUUUUUAUAGUAUCAAGCGCACUGUUAGCCUGCCUGAGCUUGCUAACACCAAGCAAAAGAAAGAUGAGUCUGUGACAGACUUCAUUGAAAGAUGGAGGAAUCUCGUCCUAAACUAUCGAGAAAAGAUUAGUGAGAUCUCUUCUAUUGAUAUGUGUGUGCAAGGUAUGCAUUGGGGAUUGUUGUAUAACCUUCAAGCUAACAUGCCACAUACCUUUGAAGAAUUGGCCACUCGUGCCCAUGACUUGGAAAUUCAAAUUGCUAGGCAUGGCAACUUUCUUCCAACAGACGCUCGUGAUAAAAAAGAGUCUCGAAAAGAUUUGAAGAAGGAAGUGAAACCUUCAAAAGCAAAAGAAACUAUGGCAGUCACAACAGCACCUGUGAAGAUCUCACAACAAAAACCAAAGCCAAAUCCUAAACAAGGUGUCAAGAUUGUUGAGGAUCAGGGUCAAAAGAAGAAGUCUACCUUAAAAGAGUUGCAACAAAAGGAGUAUCCAUUUGCAGACUCUGAAGUGCCAGCUAUCUUUGAGCAAUUGUUGGUGCUAAACUUAAUUGAACUUCCAGCUCCUAAGCGCCCAGAGGAAGUUGGGAGAGUAAAUGAUCCAAAAUACUGUAAGUAUCACCGAAUUGUGAGUCAUCCAAUCGGUAAGUGUUUUGUGUUGAAAGAUUUGAUAGUUCGUCUUGAGAAAGAAGGCAAAAUACAACUAGAAAGUGAAGAAGGUUCCGCUACCACCAAUGUUGCCAUGGUUUCCUUUGGAUCCUUCAGUCCAGUUCCACUCCUGCCUGUGCAACGAACCCCACUAAUGGUUCAGCCUAAGGAGUUUGGCCUCCACCUGUCCAAGGGGGCAAUUCAAGUUAAAUUUCAAACAGAUGAUGAAGAAAGGAUAGCCUAUGCUUAUCCUGACAUGCCUACUUCUGGAGGUCCAGGCUCUCUUUCUUUAUAUGACCUUAUGACGGUGAAUCUUGAAGAUUGGGAAUCAUCAUCUGAGUCUGAAGAUGAGGUUGGCGAUGGUUGGUCAACCUUCAUUAGUAAGAGCAGAAAACACCGUAAUCCAGUAUCUAGUGGAAUGCCACUCCCAGAUCCUCAUAAAAUCAUGUAUGGUAUCUAUCCAGAGAUAAAGCCGACUGGAUGGUGUUCAAACUCUGAGUUUCCUGCCUUUUACAAUGAUGAUGAUGGGUGGAUUCCAGUUCAAUCACGAAGGAGGAGGCGUCAUUCAAGACCCACACUACCAUCCAUCCAACAAAAUCAUUCAUUUCUUUCAGCUUUGCCAACAACACCAAAAAAUCAAGAACAACACCAGGUAGUGAAAAGGAGGUCUGAUUUACAAACAAGACUUCGACAAGUUCCUAACAAGAGAAAGUCAUUAUCUGAGAAAGAUAUGAACUCAAAAGAAAGAGCUGCAAUUACUCUUUAUGAAUACUUUCCAGAGGGAUAUUUUUCUGAUGAGGAAGUAUAUGUUAUUGUCACAAGUUUCAAGACAGAAAACAAACCAUCAUCUAAAGAAGAAGCUGAGGGUUCCAAGAGCCAAUCAAAUGAUCCCGAAGCUGAUGGAAGUAUAGAGAAAUUGAAGCAACUUCCAUCUGAUUUACAGUUAUCCAAAGCCUUGCAGCUUUCAUGGGACACACGCCUUGCUCUUGUACAAGCUUUGUUAGACUCGAAAAAGUUCCAAGGUGAGUUGGCCCAGCCAGAAACUAAGGCUGGGUGUUUUGGAACAAUAACCUUCACAGAUGAAGACCUGCAACUUGGAAUCCAAAAACAUAACAGGCCUCUUUAUAGGAUAGGGAUAACUGUCGAUGAAUUGACUAGCAGUAAACUCCUAAUCCAAGGCUUUAACCAAAAGGGCCAAUGUGCAAUUGGCAAGAUCUGCAUCAAUUUCCAAAUCGCAGACAUGGCAACCUCAGCUUUGUUCCAUGUCAUAGAGGCUAAAACAUCAUAUGAGCUUCUUUUAGGACGAACAUGGAUUCAUGAAAAUGGGGUGGUUCCGUCAACUUGGCAUCAAUGUUUUAAAUAUCAUUCUGAUGGCAAAACAAAAUGUGUUAUGGCUGAGAAAGAGCCUUUCACGAAAGAAGAGUCCUAUUUUGCCGAUGCCAAAUUUUAUGAAAAGGAAGAAGAUGAUUUUGAAGCUCUUCCUAUCAAGAUGCCACAAAUAAAACAAAAGAAUGACGGAAAAAUUUUUGUUCGCCCUAUAAAAGAUCCAUCUUCAAGUUCUGAAGUUCAUCUUUCAAUAGAGGAUGUGAAGGUGCUCAAGGAAGAUCUUGUGCUUCCAUUUUCUACACUCUCUAAAUUGGGCAUUUCUAAUCCAGUUAUAAAAGAAAUGGUUGAAACAGCCAUAGAACAUGAAAAGCAACCUCAAGGAUGGUUUGAUCCUCGUGCUCAAAUGUUGCUAAAAAGGGCUGGCUUCAAAGAAGGAGAGUCUCGGCAACUUGGGGAUUUGAACUCUAUCCUCACCAGUACUCAAGCAACCCAAACUGGGAAGGAAGCCAUGUUGAGAGGAGAACCUGUGCCAAAGCAGAGGCAUGGGCUUGGAUUUCAAUCAUCUAAACCUGCAAAGAUCAAGAUAAAAAAGAAGCAGCAAAACAGAAAGAAAACAUCUAAGAGUCAGAAAGUUCAGAAGAACAAGAUCAAGUCUAUGCAAAGAAAGAAGUAUCAAUGGAGACGUAAAGACGUCCUUGAUGGGCAAGAGAUCUCAAAGCCUUCCGUUGAAGAGGAAAAGGCAGCUGAAUCAAACCAUGUCUCAAUUGAGAAAAUUUUCGACUCUAAUUCUUCAGAUGAAGAACCAAAUCCAGCCCCAGAAGCUUGUGAGGAGGGGGGACAAGCUACUACUGACGAGCUAAAGCAACGGAACUUGGGUACAGAGGAUGAUCCAAGAUCCAUUUUUCUUAGUGCAUCGUUGAGUUUGGAGGAAGAAGUAAGAUAUGUGCAACUACUUGAUGAGUACAAGGAUGUGUUUGCAUGGUCUUACAAAGAGAUGCCAGGCUUAGACCCAAAAGUAGCUGUUCAUCGUCUAGUCGUGAAGCAUGGGGUACGCCCAGUGAAGCAAUCGCAGCGGUGUUUUCGUCCAGAAAUCAUCCCACAAAUUGAAGCUGAGGUUGAUAAGUUGAUUGAAGCCGGCUUCAUUCGGGAGGUCCAUUAUCCAUCCUGGAUUGCGAACAUUGUUCCAGUUCGUAAAAAGAAUGGACAACUCAGGGUAUGUGUAGAUUUUCGUGAUCUAAACCAAGCGUGCCCAAAAGAUGAUUUUCCACUUCCGAUCAUAGAGCUUAUGGUGGAUGCAACCAUGGGGCAUGAAGUUUUGUCCUUUAUGGAUGGAUUUUCUAGUUACAACCAAAUUCGCAUGGAUCCUAAGGAUGAAGAGCUUACAGCUUUUCGAACACCAAAGGGUAUUUACUGUUAUAAAGUUAUGCCAUUUGGGUUGAAAAAUGCCGGAGCCACUUACCAGCGUGCAAUGCAAAUGAUUUUUAGUGACAUGUUGCAUAAGCUGGUUGAAUGUUAUGUCAAUGAUUUGGUUGUUAAAUCUGAGAGACGUGAUGACCACCUCAAUGACUUGAAAGUUGUGUUUGAGAGACUUCGCAACAUUAAGGAAUACCUCCUUCACCCUCCAGUUCUUGUUGCACCCAUUCUUGGGAGACCAUUGAUCCUUUAUAUUGCUGCACAAGAAUAUUCCUUGGGAGCAUUGCUGGAACAAGUCAAUGAAGAAGGAAAAGAAAAUGCUCUCUAUUAUUUGAGCCGUACUCUCGUAGGGGCAGAAGUGAAUUACUCACCCAUUGAGAGGAUUUGUCUAGCCUUGAUCUUCUCUACGAAGAAAUUGAGACAUUAUAUGUUGGCUCAUGUUGUACAUCUUAUUUCAAAAGCAGACCCCUUAAAAUACAUCAUGUCAAAGCUGGUGCUCUCUGGUAGAUUAGCAAAAUGGGCACUAUUAUUGUCUGAAUUUGAAAUAAUUUAUGUGCCACAAAAGGCAAUAAAAGGACAAGCCUUAGCUGAUUUUCUUGCAGAUCAUCCAAUUCCAGCUGAAUGGGAGUUGUCAAAGGAUCUUCCAGAUGAGGAGAUGUUCUUUGUAGAUGUAUUGCCAUCAUGGGAGCUUUACUUCGAUGGAGCAUCAAGAAGAGAUGGUGCUGGGGUUGGCGUGGUGUUUGUAACGCCAAAAAAUGAAGUAAUACCAUUCUCUUUCUCUUUAAGAGAACAAUGCUCCAAUAAUGUUGCUGAGUAUCAAGCCUUGAUUGCGGGCUUGGAGAUGGCUCUUGAAAUGCAAAUUUACCAACUCAAACUUGUCCCAUACUUCCAAUAUGCCUCUCAACUCCUUGAGAAAUUUGAUCAUGUCUCAAUUGCCCACGUUCCUAGAAGUCGAAACAAGCAAGCAGAUGCUUUGGCUAAUUUAGCUGCUGUCCUUGCAAGUCUCGAUAAUCAAGAAGUCACUAUUUUUGUGUCGCAACGAUGGAUUUCACCUCAUUUGAGAUCUGAAGAUGCAGAAAGCAAUGUUGUUUCAGUAUGUGUCAUUGAGAAAGAAGACUGGAGACAACCAAUCAUCAAUUACUUGGAACAUGGAAAGCUACCAGAUGAUCCACGCCCAAAAUCCAUAAUUCGGAGGAGGGCUCUACGCUUUGUUUACUUUUGUAACACCCUCUAUCGGCGAUCUUUUGAUGGAGUUCUCCUUAGAUGUUUGGAUGGAGAUGAAUCAUCCCAAGUGGUUGAGGAGGCGCAUUCUGGAAUUUGUGGAGCUCAUCAGUCUGGUCCAAAGCUUCACUAUCGAAUAAGAAGAAUGGGAUACUACUGGCCAACAAUGGUAAAGGAUUGCAUGGAAUAUGCGAAGAAAUGUGAAGCAUAUGUGAUUGGACCCAUAACACCAAAAUCUUCAGCCGGGCAUGCAUAUAUCCUGGCAGCAACUGAUUACUUCUCCAAAUGGGCGAAAGCUGUACCUUUGAGAGAAGUCAAGAAGGAAAAUGUUGUUGACUUCAUUCGAGUCAAUAUCAUCUAUCGGUAUGGUGUUCCAAGGUACAUAAUUACAGAUAAUGGCAAGCCCUUUGCCAACAGUCUCAUGGACAAGCUAUGUUCAAAGUUCAAGUUUGCCCAACAUUUUUCCUCCAUGUACAAUGCUACUGCGAAUGGACUGGCAGAAGCGUUUAAUAAAACCCUUUGCAAUCUCCUUAAGAAGGUUGUUUCAAAGUCCAAGCGAGAUUGGCAUGAAAGAAUUGGUGAAGCACUUUGGGCGUAUCGAACGACUCAUCGUACUCCAACAAAAGCAACUCCUUAUUCCUUUGUGUAUGGAGUUGAAGCUGUUCUCCCUUUGGAAUGCCAAAUUCCAUCUCUCAGGAUCGCCAUUCAAGAAGGUCUUACUAAUGAACAAAAUGCCAAGCUUUGUCUCCAAGAACUAGAAGCCUUAGAUGAGAAAAGAUUAGAGACCCAACAACACUUAGAGUGUUAUCAAGCCAGAUUGUCCAGGGCGUUCAACAAGAAGGUCCAACUAAGGGCAUUUCAAGUUGGAGAUGUGGUGUUAGCUGUUCGAAGGCCAAUUGUCAUCACUCGUCAUUCAGGGGGCAAGUUUACUUCAAAAUGGGAUGGUCCUUAUAUCGUGAUAGAAGUUUACAGUAAUGGUGCCUACAAGAUUGUUGACAAAGAUGGUCUACAGAUUGGUCCCAUUAAUGGAAAGUUCCUCAAGAAGUUUUACUCUUAAAAAAAUGUAAUACUCCUAGUCACAAGAGUAUAAACUGUAUGACCAAAAUAAAAAAAUGUAAUACUCUUGGCCCGCAAGAGUAUAAACUGUGAACGGCUCA